UUCUUUUAGAAUACAAUCGUGCAUACGAAAAAAGAAAAGUAAACGAAACAAAGAAUCUAAUCAUGGCAAACUCAACAACCCAAAACGAGGACGCGACAAACUUAACUAAAAAAUUAGAAGAGAAGGAUAAAGAAAUAAAAACCCAAAAAGAAAUAAUGGAACAUCAAAAUAAACUAGUCGAAGAGAAGGAUAAAGAACUAAAAACCCAAAAAGAAACUGUGGAACAGCUUAAAGGUCAAAUAGAAGCGAAGGAUAAAGAGAUAAAAACUCAAAAAGAAACUGUGAAACAGUUUAAAGAUCAAAUAGAAGCGAAGGAUAAAAAGAUAAAAACUCAAAAUGAAAUGAUGGAACAUCAAAAUAAACUAGUAGAAGAGAAGGAUAAAGAAAUGAAAACCCAAAACGAAACUGUGGAACAGUUAAAAGGUCAAAUAGAAGCGAAGGAUAAAGAGAUAAAAACUCACAAAGAAACUGUGGAACAGUUUAAAGAUCAAAUAGAAGCGAAGGAUAAAAAGAUAAAAAUUCAAAAUGAAAUAAUGGAAAAUCAAAAUAAAACAGUAGAAGAGAAGGAUAGAGAGAUAAAAACUCAAAAACAAACUGUGGAACAGUUUAAAGAUCAAGUAGAAGCGAAAGAUAAAGAGAUAAAAACUCAAAAAGAAAAAGUGGAAGAGCAAAAUAAUCUAAUAAAAGAGAAAGAUAAAGCGCUGAAACACUACAAAGAACUAGUGGAACGGCUAAAUAAACAAACGGAAGAGAAGAACAAAGAGAUAAAGAUCCGAAAAGAAACUGAGGAACAGCUUAAAGAUCAAAUAGAAGCAAAGGAUAAAGAGAUAGAAGCUCAAAAAGAAACAGUGGAAAAGCGAGAUAAACAAAUAGAGGCAAAAGAUGAAGAGAUAAGAGCCCAAAAGAAAACUACGGAACAGUUAAAUAAACAAAUGGAAGAGAAGAACAAAGAGAUAAAGAUCCGAAAAGAAACUGUGGAACAGCUUAAAGAUCAAAUAGAAGCGAAGGAUAAAGAGAUGAAAUACCACAAAGAAUCAGUGGAACAGCAACAUAAACAAAUGGAAGAGAGGGACAAAGUGAUAAAGAUCCGAACAGAAAAAAUGGAACAGCUGAAUACACUAAUAGAAGAGAAGGACAAAGAGAUAAAUACCCAACGAGAAACAGUAAACCAGCUAAAGAAACAAAUAGAAGACAUGUCUAAAGAGAUAAAGAUCCGAACAGAAACAAUUAAACAACGAAAUAAUCAAAUGGAAGAGAAUGAGAAAGAGAUAAAAACCCAACGAGGAACAAUCAACCAGCUGAAUAAACAAAUAGCAGAGAUGGAUAAAGAUUUAAACAACAAGAAAGGACAAGUAGAACUGCAAAACAAACAAUUAAAAGAGAAAAAUUACGAUAUAUUAACUAAAAACGAAGAAGUCGAAAAGCUAAAUAAACAAUUACAAGAAAAAAGUUACGAAAUAUCGAUGGAAAAAGAUAAAGUGGAACAGCUAAUAUCACAAUCACACAAGAAAGACGAGGAGAUAAAAUCGAAAAACUGGCAAGAGGAACAGUUAAAAACACAGUUACGAGAGAAGAACAACGAGAUAACAAUGAAAAACGAACAAGUAUCAAAGCUAAGAUCACAGUUAAACGAAAAAGAUCUCGAAACAACAAAGGGAAAAGAAAAUGUGGAAGCACUUAUGACGCAAUUAAAAUGGAAAGAUAACGAGAUCGCAACCAGAAAAGCGGAACUGGAACAGCUAAAAACAAAUCUACUAGAGAAAAAGGAUGAGAUAACAAAAAAGAACACGCAAGUGGAACAUCUCAAAGCACUGUUAGGAGACUCAAACAAUGAGAUAAAAAAGACACACGAUCAACUGGACCACUUAGAAACAAAAUUAAAAGAGAAAGAUUACGAGACAGCAACGAAAAACAGGCUAGUGGAAGAGCUCAAAAUACAACUACAGAAAAAAGAAUCCGAUGUAAAGACCAAACAGACUGAACUGGAAGAGCUCAAAACACAUUUACACGAAAAGGACACCGAGAUAAUAACGAAAAUAAUACAAGUAGAACAGCUAAAAACACAAUUACAGGGAAAUAACAACGUGUUAGUAUCAAAAACCAAGCAAGUGGAACAUUUAAAAACACAAUUACAGGCGAUAAAAACCGAAGUAGUAACAACAUACGAACAAGUCGUACAACUAAAAUCACAAUUAGAAGAGAAAAUGAACGAUAUUGAAAUGAAAAACGUGCAAGUGGAACAGCUUAGAACACAAUUACUAGUCAAAAAUAAGGAAAUAACAACGGAGAAAGAAAAAGUGACAAAUCUAGAAAUACAGUUACACGAGAAAAUUAACGAGAAAUCAAUCGUACUCGCGGAAGUGCAACAUCUAAAAACACACUUAGAAGGGAAAAAGGAAGAGAUAACAACAAAGAACAAGCAAGUGGAACAUCUCAAUGAACAAUUACGAGAGAAAAAUAACGAAAUAGCAAUGAAAAACACACAAGUGGAACAGCUUAAUAAACAACUACACGAGAAAGAUAGCAAUAUAAAAAUAAAAAAUGAGCAAGUGGAACAGCUUAAAACACAAAUACAGGGGAAAAAUAAAGAGAUAACAACUAAGAACGCACAAGUGGAACAGUUACAAACACAAUUACAAGAGAAAAAUAACAAGAUAUCAACAAAAAGCAUGCAAGUAGAAGAGUUACAUACACAGUUACGUGAGAAAAAUAACGAGAUAACAAUAAAAGACGGGCAAGUGGAACAGCUCAUAACGCAAUUACAAGGGAAAAACGCCGAUAUAAAAUCAAAAGUCUUGCAAUUGGAAAUGUUAAAUGCACAAUUACGAGAGAAAAAUAACGAGAUAACAGCCGAAAAAGAAAAAAUUGAACAGCUAAUAAUACUAUUACGUCAGAAAGAUAAUGAGAUAGCAACAAAAAAAAGUCAAGUGGAACAACUUAAAACACAAUUGCAAGUGAAUAAGGCGGAGAUGGAAAUGAAAAACGAAAAAUUGGAACAGGCAACUAAAAAAGUAAACGAACUAGGUGCCGAAAUAUCAAAGAUAGAAGAAACAAAGUCAGUGUCAACAUAAUUAAUUACAAAUGAUAAAAAUAGCAACA